AUGGCUGACUCGUUAGCCAUGGCGUUGUCUCGGCUUGACCUGGAUGCCAAGAAGAGCGUUCCAGCAUCUGUUGAGGCGCAACUCGCUGAAGAGGUGGCCGGUACAUCCGAAGGACGCGAGACGCGUAAACCAAGUACUAGCAGGCAUGCGGAUGAGCUUCUGAAAGAUCUAGAGCAUGAGUUCAUCCAUCCCUCCGCUACAUUUAGCCCCAUAUGGCUAAACCGGCUGCAAAAGCGAUGGGAUGUCCCGACAGACUUGACGGAGCUUUUCGAAGUCGCGCCCACACAAACACGUACCGUCAUAAGAUUCACACGCGAAGGCCUAGAAGGACGGGUUACUGGCUAUCGAGAGGUAACGGUUCCGGCUUCAAGCAUCAAUGCUAAGAACUCAACCUCGCUCCUUCGCCGACCGGCUGGCCGUGCAGACUUUGUUCGAGGCGCAGCAGGAUUCUUCCCUUUUGCACCGGGCGGCUUAGAAGGGGUAGAGGUCCUUGCCGAAAUGGAGGAAAGCGAGGAGUUCGUGGAAAAGUCGCGCUAUAACAAGCAGGGUGGCUUGGAUCGCAUAAUCAACUUCGGAUCAGAGGGCGGAUUAUUGACAACGCCACCUGGAUUUGACCGUGGCAUGAAAUUCACGGAAGAAAAGUCUAAAGAGGCCACGCAGACAGAAGAGGAGGUCGAAGAUGCACUCACCCAGGAGGAGAGCGGCAUUCAGGCCGACAAACCCGAUCAAAAACAUAAUAACGAUGGAGAUGUCAACGUCAACACCGCAGACUUGGAAUCCCACGAUGAAGGCGAGGAAGGCGAGGAAGGCGAAGAAGAUAUUGAUGAUCUAUUGCCAGUCGAGUUCCCUGCGCUCGAGCCGCAUGGCCCGCUGCUUGCGAGUAUGAAGAGACAGAAGGGCCGGGAAUGGGCACACGUCGUAGACAUUAAUAAGGAAAUCCCUAACUUCCACGAUUUGGUCCCAGAUAUGGCAAGAGAAUGGCCAUUUGAGCUGGAUGUUUUCCAAAAGGAAGCAGUCUAUCACCUGGAGAAUGGCGAUUCGGUCUUUGUUGCAGCACACACAUCAGCAGGAAAAACAGUCGUCGCUGAGUAUGGAAUUGCGUUGGCUGCCAAGCACAUGACCAAGGCAAUCUAUACAUCACCCAUCAAAGCUCUCAGCAACCAAAAGUACCGGGAUUUCCGCACCGAGUUCGAGGAUGUCGGUAUUCUUACCGGUGAUGUGCAAAUUAACCCGGAGGCUAGCUGUCUGAUCAUGACAACCGAGAUUUUGCGGAGUAUGCUUUAUCGCGGUGCGGACCUUAUUCGAGACGUUGAAUUUGUCAUCUUUGACGAGGUCCAUUACGUGAACGAUCUCGAGAGAGGUGUUGUGUGGGAAGAGGUCAUUAUCAUGCUUCCUGAACAUGUCACCUUGAUCCUAUUGUCAGCUACCGUACCGAACACCUAUGAGUUCGCAUCCUGGGUCGGCCGUACGAAGAAGAAGGAUAUUUAUGUGAUCUCAACGCCCAAACGGCCUGUACCACUGGAGCACUAUCUCUGGAGUGGAAAGGACAAGUUCAAGAUUGUUGACUCGAACAAGAAGUUCCUUGAAGCAGGCUGGAAGAAUGCAAACGAUGCCUUGUCUGGUAAAGAUAAAGAAAAGGCCAAGAAGGAGGCUGAGGCUCAGGCUCAGGUUCAGGCCCAGGCCCAGGCACAAGGUCAGGGUCAGCGAGGAGGUGGUCGAGGGGGAGGGGGAGGAGGACGCGGGCAACCUGGCAUCGGAAGGGGUGGCCCACGGGGCGGUCCACAGCGGGGAGGCGGUCCACAGAGAGGAGGCGGUCCGCAGAGAGGAGGCCCACCGCAAAGAGGAGGGAGAGGACAAGGUGGUCGAGGAGGGCCUUCCAAUCGUGGAACAGGGAACAUUGCUCGCACUGGGCGCGGAGGCUUCCGCACAAGCGCUGCGCAGGAUAAAACGACUUGGGUUAAUCUUGUCUCGCAUCUUCGCAAAGAAGAUCUACUUCCCGCGUGUAUUUUCGUGUUCUCGAAGAAACGAUGUGAAGAAAACGCGGACUCGCUGUCAAAUCAAGACUUUAGCACCGCCAAUGACAAGAGUCAGAUCCAUAUGAUGAUCGAAAAGUCACUCACUCGACUUAAGCCCGAGGACCGAACCCUUCCACAGAUUCUUCGCCUUCGAGAGCUUCUGGGCAGAGGUGUCGCUGUGCAUCAUGGCGGCCUGCUUCCGAUCAUGAAAGAAGUUGUCGAGAUCUUGUUUGCCAGGGGAUUGGUCAAGGUUCUCUUCGCGACAGAAACCUUUGCAAUGGGGUUGAAUUUGCCAACGAGAACGGUUGUUUUCUCUGGAUUCCGCAAACAUGAUGGCAAGUCUUUCCGCGACCUUCUACCUGGCGAAUAUACUCAAAUGGCGGGACGCGCAGGACGUCGUGGUCUUGACACAGUGGGUUACGUGAUUAUUGUCACUUCCGGUAGUAAUGAAGCCCCAGCUGCUGGUGGUUUGAAGAAUAUGAUUCUUGGAGACCCCACAAAACUCAGGUCACAGUUCCGACUCACAUACAACAUGAUUUUGAAUCUUCUCCGAGUGGAAGCACUCAAGAUUGAAGAGAUGAUCAAACGAAGUUUCAGUGAAAAUGCCACUCAAGCUCUUCUACCGGAGCACGAGAAAGAAAUCAAAAUCUCCGAAGAGAGCCUGGCCAAAGUCAAGCGGGAACCUUGUGAAAUAUGUGAUUUGGAUAUCGAAUCUUGUCAUACGGCUGCAACAGAGUACAACAGGCUCACUACGCAGCUACACAAAGAAGCAAUGUCGUCACCUAUUGGAAAAAGACUUUUCUCCAUGAAGAGAUUAGUCGUGUACAAGAAGGAUGGAUUACGAACUGCUGGUCUCCUCGUAAAAGAUGGUAUCGGCGGUGGCCCGACUCCUUGUCUUCAGGUGCUUGAGAUCGGCACAAUCAGCAGCAAACGCCACCCCAGCUCUAUCCUACCAUUCUUGCCUAAUUUCCGACCAUAUCUUGAGGCACUCCCAUCGAGCGCUGCUUCUAUGUACCUUAAGGUUGUCAAGAUCCCACUGGACGACCUCGAAUGUCUUACAAACACAGAAGUCAAGGUCGGGGGACCUAUUUGGUACUUAAAUAUCAAGAAAGAGUGUAUCAAGUUCGCUGACAAGGAGUUGGUCAAAUUCACCAAAUCCUGGGUUGAUUCGGCUUGGGAUGAGGUGGACUGGUCGCGGGUCAAGGAGUUGCAAGUGCGAGAAACUCUCGCCCAACGGGAUGCCCAGAUGGAAAUCAUAAAGUCAUGCAAAUCCUACUCGUGUCCGGAUUUCCUGAAACAUUAUGAAAUGCAAAAUGAUAUGUGGCAAAUCAAAGACAACAUUUCAGAGCUGAAGAAGUUGAUGUCCGAUCAAAAUCUUCAGCUGCUUCCCGAUUACGAACAGCGUAUCCAUGUCCUCCGAGAGCUUGGCUUUGUUGACGAGCAUUCUAGAGUUCAGUUGAAAGGAAAGGUUGCCUGUGAAAUCCACUCUGCUGACGAGUUGGUUUUGACCGAACUUAUUCUCGAGAACGUUCUCGCUGAAUUCGAGCCGGCAGAGAUUGUCGCGCUCCUCUCUGCCUUUGUGUUCCAGGAAAAGACCGAUACUACACCUACCUUAACCCCUCGCCUUGAGAAUGGUCAAAAGACCAUCAUCCGCAUUGCCGAGAAGGUGAACAACUUCCAGGUCCUUCACCAGGUGAUUCAGUCGAGUGAAGAUUCCAAUGAUUUUGCCAGCACACCAAGAUUUGGGCUUGCUGAGGUAGUGUAUGAAUGGGCAAAUGGAAUGUCUUUCAACCGGAUCACCGACCUCACCGAUGUCAUGGAAGGUACUAUUGUCCGUUGCAUUACUCGAUUGGAUGAGACCUGUCGAGAGGUUAAGAAUGCAGCCAAGCUUGUUGGUGACCCAACCCUCUACACUAAGAUGCAGGCCGCGCAAGAGUUGAUCAAGCGAGAUGUGAUUUUCGCUGCAUCUUUGUACAUGUGA